AAUUUAUUUGUGAAAAUAACCAAAGAUCUAUAUAUUCGUUUGUGUUAAUAUCUCAUUAUAAAAUAAAAUUACAUAAUAAUGUGAAAAAUAAUCAAGUAUUUAAACUGAAAGUGUUACAACUUAGCUGCCACAUCAAACACAAUUGGCCCUCUUGAAGCAUAGUUUGAUUUAGUCUAAAAUUAAUUUUAAUUACGGAGUAAAAAUUUAUAUCAAGAACAAUGGGUGCCCAAUCGGUUCUUUUUGUAUUACUUUCAAUAAGUCUGGAACAUUUCGUUAGAGGAGAAUUUCAACAUAGUUUAGCUAUCACAGAUAUUUUACCCGAGGACAUAAAACGUUAUGAUAAAAUGCGUCCGCCGAAAAAAGAGGGACAACCGUGUAUAGUUUAUUUUCACGUUACCGUUAUGGGCUUAGAUUCUAUCGAUGAGAAUUCCAUGACCUAUGUGGCGGAUAUCUUUUUCGCACAAACAUGGAAAGAUCAUCGUUUACGAUUGCCAGAAAAUAUGACAACAGAAUAUCGUCUACUCGAAGUGGAUUGGUUGAAAAAUGUCUGGCGGCCAGAUUCGUUCUUUAAAAAUGCUAAAUCGGUGACAUUUCAGACAAUGACGAUACCCAAUCAUUAUAUGUGGCUGUAUAAGGAUAAGACGAUAUUGUAUAUGGUGAAAUUGACACUGAAGCUGUCGUGUAUUAUGAAUUUUGCCAUCUAUCCGCAUGACACGCAAGAGUGUAAACUACAAAUGGAAAGUUUAUCCCACACAACAGAUGAUAUGAUUUUCCAAUGGGAUCCCACAACACCCCUGGUGGUGGAUGAAAACAUUGAAUUGCCCCAGGUGGCAUUGAUACGCAACGAAACAGCUGAUUGUACCCAAGUCUAUUCGACGGGUAAUUUCACGUGUCUCGAAGUGGUUUUCACGCUGAAAAGACGUCUUGUCUACUAUGUAUUCAAUACAUAUAUUCCGACUUGUAUGAUUGUCAUCAUGUCAUGGGUCUCAUUUUGGAUUAAACCCGAAGCAGCUCCAGCCCGUGUUACAUUGGGCGUCACUUCGUUGCUUACUCUAUCUACGCAACAUGCAAAAUCACAAUCAUCGCUACCGCCGGUUUCCUAUCUGAAAGCAGUCGAUGCGUUUAUGUCUGUCUGUACGGUGUUCGUGUUUAUGGCUCUGAUGGAAUAUUGCCUCAUCAAUAUCGUGCUAAGUGAUACACCCAUACCCAAACCUAUAGCAUAUCCUCCUAAACCGAAGCCAGAGGAGGAGAAAAAGGAGCCAGAAAAGAAGCCAGCGCCAGAACCGGCGCCCAAGCCACCACUCACAGACGAAAAGAUUGAGAAAAUAUUUGAUGAAAUGACCAAAAAUAAGAGGAUUCCCCACACACAUACACGACGUGUUAUGCGACCACCCCUCGACGCCGAUGGUCCCUGGAUUCCUCGACAGGAGUCGCGUAUAAUACUGACGCCAGGUAUUGCUCCACCACCGCCACCAAAACCUCCAUCACCUGAACCUCCCAAACCAAAGCUGACACCACAACAGGAACGUCUCAAAAGAGCCAUAUACAUUGAUCGAACAUCACGCGUACUAUUUCCAGCGUUAUUUGCCAGUCUUAAUAUCAUAUAUUGGAUAGUAUUUUAUGAAUAUCUUUAAGCCAAAACUAAGAAAACAAACGAAAAACAAUGUGUAUUCAAUACUGCUAUUAGCACAAAUUUGCUCUCUUUCAGAACUUGCAAGAAUUUUCUAUUUUGCAAUUUUUUCGACACCAUAAAGGGAAAAUCGGUUAUCAGAAAGUUGUACAUUCUUGCAAUUCUGGAACAGACCAAUUAUUAUCAAAUAUUGGGUCUGUUCGAUUACUUCAAUUUAAAAUUUAUACAACUUAUCAUUAUCAGCUUAUAAUUGAGAGUUGCCAAAACACUUAGAGUAUGCUUAGACUAAUAAAUUCACUCGAUUUCACAUGUCAACUCAUGGCAGAAGAAUACAGGUAGAUGCAUCAACGCUUGGAAGCGUUGAUAUGUCAAAAAAAUUUUAAAUGUCUUUUCAAUUAUAAGUAGAUUUUUAUAUGUUUUCAUAUACUACGUCAUUCGGAAGCUAUUAUAAUUCGCGUUUUUCAACAAUUUUUUCAAAUUUAAAUAAUUUUUUAUUCAACAUUUUCAAUUCCAAAGUUGGUUUGACAGUUCAUUGUCCCAGCAGCUGUGUCGACACGUCUUCCUAUAUUCUUCUACCAUGUCCAAGCGUAUACGUUACGUAAAUCGUAUUCAUAAAUCUUGGAGUGGAUAAUAUUAUUUGACGUAUACGCUAUGGAAGUGACAUUCGGAGAUCGAGGGGAUUUCAUAAAUCUAAACUUACUCUAAACAAAUUUUGACACUUCGUCUGAUAAGGUGUCACCUUAUUAUUAAGCCAUGACGCAGCUUGGCCUCAAUAUUCACUCCUGGUUACAAAAC